AUGGAGCGUCCUGGUUACAUCGAAACUCCCGGUCGUCGGUCCACUAGAAGGACCCCGGCUCUGGACAUGAGCGAACGAGAGGACUCCGCAACGCCCUCGGAGACGGCAUCCACCAAAUCCUCUGCGCGUCGACGCACUACUACCAAGGUGACCUCGGAGGAUGAGCGGGAGGAGAGCCCUGCCGUGAAGAUUGAGAGCAAGGACGAAACCACAAACGGUGCGGUCAAGCCUGAAUCGCGCAUCGUCGACGGCUGGGUGGAGGGGUUGGACCCCAAAGUCGACUACAGCGGGCAUUACGAGUUCGGGGGCUCACCUGGAGUCCUCGCCAUGAUGAUUGGUUUCCCCAUUCUCAUGUACUACAUGUGGAUUGGCGCGACGUACUACGAUGGCAAAUUCCCCCGCCGGGCGGAGGGGCAGACUUAUAGCCAGUUCUUCUCUCACAUGGUGAAUCUCGUCUACACUGGCGCAUACCCUUCGCUGAAGGCUUGGACGAUCUACUGGGUGUUUUUCAUCUUCGAGGGUGCCUGCUACGUUCUCCUGCCUGGUGUCACUGUCUCUGGACGCCCGCUGCCCCACGCGGGAGGAAAGCAACUUCCGUACUAUUGCUCCGGCGUCUGGUCAUUCUACACGAGCAUUGCGGUGGCGCUUUUCCUGCACUUCACUGGACUGUUCAAGCUCUACACCAUCAUUGAUGAGUUCGGUCCCCUGUUGAGUGUCGCCAUUCUGUCGGGCUACCUGGUGUCUUUUGCGGCCUACUUUUCGGCCCUUUACCGUGGAGCGCAACACCGCAUGACUGGUUCGCCAAUCUACGAUUUCUUCAUGGGAGCUGAGCUCAACCCUCGUAUGUUUGGUAUCCUGGAUUUCAAAAUGUUUUUCGAGGUUCGCCUGCCUUGGUAUAUUUUGCUGGGUCUGUCAAUGGGUGCCGCGGCUCGUCAAUAUGAGAACUACGGCUAUGUCUCUGGAGAGGUCAUGUUCCUCGUUAUGGCCCACUUUCUCUACGCCAACGCCUGUUCCAAGGGCGAGGAGUGCAUCGUGUCUACCUGGGAUAUGUACUAUGAGAAGUGGGGUUUCAUGCUCAUCUUCUGGAAUUUGGCUGGUGUGCCCUUGAGCUACUGCCAUUGCACCAUCUACUUGGCGAACCACGACCCUUCUGAAUAUCACUGGAACCGAUUCUUCCUCGCCUUUUUGUAUAUUGCCUACCUUUUCGUCUACUGGGUUUGGGACACCACCAAUAGCCAGAAAAACCGAUUCCGCCAGCAGGAGCGUGGCACCAUGGUGAACCGGAAGUCUUUCCCUCAGCUUCCCUGGCAGACUGUGGAGAACCCUAAGACUCUGACUGCCGCCGAUGGCUCGAAGAUUCUCAUUGACGGGUGGUAUGGCAAGGCCCGCAAGAUCCACUACACGUGCGACCUCUACUUCGCGCUCAACUGGGGUUUGAUUACCGGUUUCUCCAGCCCCUUCCCUUGGUUCUACCCCGUCUUCUUUGCUUGCAUGAUCUCUCAUCGUGCUUUGCGAGACAUCCAGCGUUGCCGGAUCAAGUACGGUGAGACUUGGACUGAGUACGAGAAGCGCGUGCCUUACCUCUUCGUUCCUUACGCCGGGUGUAUGAUGGAUCGGCCGUUCACCGGCCCUGUGGCCCGAUUUGCCCGCCAGAUUGCUGGACAGGGCUACAUCUGCGCCGCUCCAUCAAGCUACCAUGAAUUCACGGGCCCGGAGCCGCUCAAGUACGAUGUUGAGGACACGGAUAAUGGCAACAAGUGGAAGAUUACCAAGAAAUUGGCAGCCUAUGACGAGGACGCUCGUCUCUCGGUUGACUAUCUGCUCUCACUGUCAACCUGCAAUGGCCGCGUCGGGGCCACGGGAAUGUGUCUGGGAGGCCAUCUAGCCUAUCGCUGCGCCCUGGACAGCCGUGUCAAGGCUGCCGUGUGCUACUUUGCUACUGAUAUUCACAGCAAGACGCUUGCUCAAGGCAAGAAUGACGACAGUCUGGAGCGAGCAGGAGACAUCCAAGGAGAAUUGCUGAUGAUCUUCGGUAAGAACGACAACCACGUCCCACCCGAGGGUCGCGACUUGAUCCGCAAGACGCUGCACGACAAGGGUGUUCUAUUCGGGUUCUAUGAAGUUGCCUGGGCCCAGCACGCUUUCAUUCGAGACGAGCUCAGCAAAGGCCGAUACGACCCUGCUAUCACCAAGGUCUGCUUCGAAAUGCUGGUGGAGCUGUUCGGACGCACAUUGAAGCUUGACCUUGGCGAGCAUGAUGGGAAGAAGCAGGUGAUUGAGGAUGUGUGCUAG